AUGGCCUUUCCUCCCCGAUAUAGAGAGCCCGCUCCGGCUCUCCCGAGCAUUAUAGUCCCUGCUUCAGGUGACCGACAUAGAGCGAACCACCACGAUUCGCCUUUUAGUAGAAGUAUUGCCAUGUCAAUACCUGGCAUGCAAAGAGACGACGUUCCUCCACCACUGCCUCCUCCCAAAUACCCCGGCUACGACCAACCUAGUGCUUUGGCAGAGAAUAUGAGAGAGAAGCGGGAAUAUGCCCACGGUUCUUUUGCAAGUGGUUACGGAAGCAUGAACUCAUCAUUUCACGAAGACCGUCCAAGUUACCAACGAAGAAGCAACACCAGCGAACGAGAUGAGGGUUAUGCCAGUUACUCAUCAACUGACAGAUCCCGCGAAUCCGUUCCCACAGGCUUUGGCCGCCUCCACAACCACUACCAGUUCCAAUCCCCGGCUGAUGUAGAUGGUGAUACCCUCAAGAAGAAGCUUGACCAAACCCGACCUUUAGAAAAAACACCACCUCGAUCCCUUCUCAGUGCUUCGGCAAACGAGCUCCUCUCCCGAAGACCUUCUGCAGAAGGACGAUUCCCUCCAGCUCUUAGUGUGCCUGUACAACUCCCCAUUCACUCCCGCGGUGGCAUACUAGCAUCUCCUGCAAGGCUUACCGAUACACCAAUCCACUCUGCCAUCUCUCCCCGAAGCACACCCUUUUACCAUGGAGACCGAUCACCCAAUGAUAGCUCCGAUAUCGAUCGUUCACCCCGAGUACGAUCAAAGAGGAACAACAGCGACGAUGCAACCUCAACAAACUCUAGUUAUGAUUUCAACGGAGCAGAGGAUAUGGAAAUGGAAGAUGGCCAGUCCUUGAAGAGAUUACAUAUUGACGAUGCCUACGUUCCUGGCGGACAGAAGAGAAGGGCUGCUAGUCCCAAUGACGAGCACCUUCUUGGUAUGCCCCGACGUACAUCUCCAGGUCGUUUCACCAGCCUCCCUCGAGGUGCUACAAUGCCUUCAGUAUCGACAUCGCGAUCCAACUCGUACAUCUCAACCAUGUCCAUGUCAAUGCACCCUGCUGGUAUUACAACUGUCAACUCUUUUGGCCGACGCUCACCUGUGGGCCCUUCCCCCGGUGGCAUCUCACCCACCUCUUGCAACUCGCCUUAUACAGCCCCCGUUUCCCUCAACCCAAGCCCUCGAACCUCCAUUUCUGGCCGGGGGUCCAUUCACUCUAGGACUGUCUCGGGUGCAAGCACACGCAAGAUUACCGAAGUACAGAAGCCGGGCGGAUCUAAAGUCCAAGGCUUUUUCAUGUGCGAGUGUUGCCCCAAGAAGCCCAAGAGGUUCGAGACGGCUGAGGAACUCAAUGCUCACGAGGCUGAGAAGCAAUACGAGUGUUCAUUCUGCGGCAACCGCUUCAAGAACAAGAACGAGGCAGAGCGCCACCAAAACUCCCUCCACGUGCGCCGCCAUUCGUGGUCAUGUUCAGCUCUUUCUGGAUACGAUAGGGCUUUUCACGAUUCUACUAACCGACCUGGCGAAGCUGACACUUGUGGCUACUGCGGCGAUGAAUUCACACGAUCUGGACGCGGCCCUGGUACUGGUGCCUUGAACGGCGGUAAUGCGCCUCGACACGCUACUGAACAGGACUGGGAUGAACGAAUUAGGCAUCUGCAAGAAGUGCACAAGUUCCGAGAGUGCAACUCGUCUAAAAAGUUCUUCCGAGCGGAUCACUUCAGACAGCAUCUCAAGCAUAGCCACGCGGGCACGAGUGGAAAGUGGACCAAUAUGCUGGAGAAUGCCUGCAUGCUCGAGGAAGACCCAACACCUCGGUAA